UAAAGUAAAGCUGUUGUCAACAUUUACUCAAACCUUAAUCAGGCGCAUCUUGUAACAGUUACAAUUUUUUAAACAUAAAUUUAAAAAAAAGUGCAGCAAUUUGUGCCAAACUUCCAUAUUAACCAGGAAAAAUGUACCCACAAAGUUCGCAAAAAAAGUACUGGACUUUCAAAAGUGAACAGGAAUUGACAGAACGAAGGUUGAAACAAAACACCAAUUUCAUUGCACGGCAUGGAUCUGGAAUGACGGAAGAACAAAAGGCAGGAUUCUUUCUCUCGGCGAGCGAAGAACGGUUACUUUUGCGACAGUACGAGCUACAGCUAAAAGAGUUCUGCAAACGGUUUGAACCCCCGAUGCCGAAGUAUGUGGUUGGUACGGCGUUUCAUUAUUUUAAAAGGUUCUACUUGAACAACUCAUCGAUGGAUUAUCAUCCGAAAGAAGUUUUAGCAACUUGUGUGUACCUUUCCUGCAAAGUUGAAGAAUUUAACGUGUCCAUUGGACAAUUUGUAGCUAACAUCAAGGGCGACCGAGUUAAGGCUAUGGACAUUAUUCUCUCCAAUGAGCUUCUGCUAAUGCAGGAAUUGAACUAUUAUCUCACUAUUCACAACCCUUUUCGACCGAUUGAGGGCUUCUUGAUUGAUAUAAAAACCCGAUGCAAUAUGAAUAAUCCGGAUCGUCUGAGAUCUGGUAUCGAAGAUUUUAUAGACAAAACAUUCCUUACAGAUGCAAUUUUAAUGUAUGCUCCAUCGCAGAUCGCGUUGGCAGCGGUGCUGCAUGCAGCGAGCAAGGAGCAAGAAAAUCUGGAUAGCUACGUCACCGAGUCUCUGUUCGGGGCGGCCAAAGAGAAGCUUCCGGUGCUGAUUGAAGCAGUGAAACGGGUUCGUUCAAUGGUACGCACAAUUGAACUGCCCCAGAAGGAAAAAGUCCGUGCAUUGGAGAAAAAGCUGGAAAAGUGCCGUAAUCAGGAAAAUAAUCCCGAUAGUCAGAUCUAUAAACAGCGUAUGAAAAAGAUGUACGAGGACGAAGAUGAAGCAGAGCUUAUGAGUAGUUCCUAUCACAUGAAUACAACGGAUGGCAGCUCGGAUGUGUCCCAAGUGAAUAUUACCAAUCCAGGAAACAUGUCAAUAGAAUGAAAUAUAUACUUUUUGAAUAAGUUGCAUGGUAACAUUAGUUUGCAAUAUUAAAGUGAUUAACGCGAAAUGUUACGUUUUUUUUCGUAGCGUUACGUCACAGAAGAAUGGUACUUAGAAAUGGUUUGAGGAAUUAAGGUUAAACUGGAAUUGCUACGAAAAUCGAAAACAAAAUAGCAUUUAUUUCUACGUAAUAUGCUAAUUUAAACAAAAAAUAAUUUGUAACACUAACAAUAUUUUGAAAAUGCUGAUUGAUUUUCCCGAACAUUCGGCAAAUUGUAUCAUUUUCAGUUCAACCAACUGCCUUAUAUUAUUGAACAUUUUCUACGGAAUUAUCGUUAAAAUGUUGGACUAUACAAUUAAAACUUCCUAUAAACAAUGCAGCAUGUUUUUUAUGUUUUCGUUAGUUAAAAAAAGAAGAUGGUGAAAUAUCAAAUACAAACGCAUUACAAUCAACAUGUUUAACACAUACAUUAAGAAUGUGAUAUUGUUAACGGAUCUGAAAAUCCUUUGUAUGUUGGUG